AUGGGAUUUUUGUAUCAGGUGCUUAAGGAUGUCAGCGAGAAACAGCCUUACAGUGUGGGUAAAGAGGAACUAAAAAAACUUGUUACUGACCUUAAAACUAAAUUAUCCACCGGGCGUGAGGGUUUUAAGGUCAUUGCGCAGGUGGCGAGGAAGGUGCGGGAGUAUAAUGAGAGUGUUGAGAGAAGUAAUAAUGCAGUUAAAAAGCCGAUUGACACUCUUCUAGGACAGGUAGAUGACAAGUUUAAAACUAAGGUAAGUAAUAUAUUAAAAGAUAAUGCUGCUUCAGGUAAGGAGACAUUCACUGAGGAACAGAUCAAGCAAGCUGAUGAUGCUAUCAAGGAAGUGUUAGAGCAGUGUCUUAAGCACGCUUCAAUAUUUAAUAUAGCUUUUAAUACAGUAGAAACUAAAAUUAAUGACAUGAAUUCCAUAUUGCGUGAUAAAGUAAAAAACGCUGGGCGCAAUGUUUUGCAUGAGACUGUGCGUCUGACUGAAGUGUCGGACAAGGCGAAGAAGGACUUCAAGGAGAUGACAGCAAAAAUUAGAAGUGUGCUUGAAUGGCUUGGAAAAGAUGUGAACGAACAAAUUGAUGCAAAAGUGAACGAGCUUGUCGAUUCGUUGAGAUCAUUGGUCGCAGAGAUUCUACACCAGCUUAACGGUGUAUAUGAUAAGCUAGGAAGCUACGUUAACGAGUUGGGAAUGUGGAUAAAUAACACUGAAAGUUUCAUUGAAGGUGUGACAAAGAAGUAUGUCGAACCAAUUGUAAAAAGAGGCGUGGGCUAUGUUAAUCAGGAUGCUAUUAAACAUAAGGUAGAGGAAUUAGCGAAAAAGGGUGAACAGCUGUAUUGGAUUUUCGAGAGCACAAAAGAUAAUGUAACAAAAUUGGUUGAGGAAGUUAAACAGAAAGUGACGGAACUGGAAACUGCUGUACAGGUCGAUUUGUUUGAGAUAAAAAGACAAAUUCAGACUGAGAUUGGGAAUUAUGUUAGGGGAUACGCUCAGAAGGUGGAAGCACAGGUUAAAAAGAUUACUGAUAAGGACGGUCUGACACGAAUCGAGACAGAAGUGAAGGCAUGGGCCAGAACAUACACCGGCAUAAAAUAUGAGGAGAGAGUGAAGGAGUGGAUAGAAGAAAUUUUAGAUGAGAGUGAAAUUGUUGUAGGCUUACUUAAGAAAUAUGUCAAUAGCGGUCAAAAUAGGUCACAACUGGAAAGCAAAUUGUCAGCUGGAACAGAUACAUUUAAUGAAACAUGUAUAAAAACCAUUGCAAGCAAAAUUACGGAAAAAGUUAGGGUGGGCAUUAUUCCCGAAGCCGGUAAAGCUGUUGAGGACGCCUUAAAUGAUGACAGUGAUUAUGAAACCGGAAGUAUUCAAAGACAUAUUGGCGCAGUUAUGAUAGGUUGCAACCAAUUUGCCCUGCUACUCGGUCAAAAAUUGAGGGGUCAGAAUGGGGGAAUAAACAUUGGAGAAAUAGCCAAGGAAGUCGAAAUAGACUUGAAAGGUCCACCUGUGGACAAAGCUGACGUUAUACUGUCAUCAGCCGUUAAAUAUACACUAAACCUGAUCGUUAGUGUGGCCAACAAAGUUGCAGAUCAACUGGAAUGGCUUACCGGCGAGGAAGACUUUCAUGCUAACAUUGGCAAAGUGGACAUUGCGUCAAAAGUAGCGGGUGUGCUAUUUGAUAACCUGCAAACCGCUCUUCGGUCAUCCAUCGAUCCUGCAAUCACACAUAAAUCAGGUUCGAAGAGCACCCUUGACCAGUACAAUUUCUAUAUAGACAUUGCAGACGUGCUGGAGAAUGAGUUGCCGCAGCUAAAAGGAACACGUGGUAGGGACCAACAUGUAGAGCUCAAAAAGCUCACUACGUCCUUCAAACCGGGAGGAGCACUGGGAAACAGUAAGAGCAGGAGACAGAAUCUCGACGAUGCCAUAGCUGAGGUUGAUAAACAUAUAACAGAUGCGUUUAAUAACCAUGUCCUGAAUAUAUACGUGAAGAAGGCAUCUUCCAGCAGUGCAACGGAAGACAGAGGUGAGUUGAAAGCGUUAAUGACCAAUAUAGGGCAGAGCCUGAAGGACUUAAUGAGUGAUAUAUCAAAAGUCGGUGAAGAGCUUAAUAGGCAUUUGUAUUACCUGAAGCAUACAAAAAUUGAUAAGCAACUAAACUCUAUCAGAAGGUGUAUCGGAAUUUUGCAAAGCUCUUCAUUGGCAAAAGUGAUCCAGGCGACGCAAGAUUUCAUUGACACGGACGCCCACAAAAUCCGCGAUUCCACCAUUGAAAAACUUAAACAAUUCGUCAACACUCAGACAGCGAACGCCUCCUCCACCCUCACCACCGCCGCCCGCCGCAACUACGUCUCCUCCGUCAAGGCGCUCCUCACCGCGUUCGCGGACAAGGUCGGCCAGGAGUUGCGGGAGUUGCCGGCGGAGAUUGACAGGGAUUUGACGAUCGGGUUCAAGGGGUUGAUGAAGACGUUGGAGGAUGGUAGUACGUCAGCUAAAAUUACUGGGAAAGAAAAUAUUAAGAAACUUAGCGAACUUGCAAAUUUGCCAUCUGGCACCGGUGAGCAGAAGAAAGAGGCGUUCAAAAAGUUGUCUGAAAAUUUCAACUCAUUUUGGAAGCCAAUCAACGAAUACAUUGUCCAAGAAAUCAAAAGAGAACAUAAAGAAAUCAUGCUACAAAGAAAUCCACCAGUUCAAGUCGGCGACAGGGAUCCACAUCAUUAUGCCGACAAUCUUGCCAAAGUUCAACAAAAAUUGGAUGACCUUCUUAACCAUCUUAAAAAUGUCCCUGAUGAUAGAAAAUACCUCUAUGAUAAUAAAUUCACCUCCCUCCUCUCCACCCUCUCCUCCUCCCUCACCGCUCUCACCCCCUCCGCCUUCGCCAACCCCCGGCACCCGGAGCUGCUCGAUGCGGUCAAACAGGGGCUGGAGGGGUUUGUCAAGGAGCUGGGGAGGGUGUAUGUGAACGGGUAUGAGGGGGGAAGUACUAUUAAAAGAUGGACACAUAAAGAGACUGGAGAAGACGAAUUAACGGCUGAUGGCCGAAAUGGCGCAAAAAUAUUUUUCAGCAUACUCGAGAUACUUUUCUAUGAUUUGUUAAAAUUAUUACAAGGAUGCGUCAAAGGCGGUGAUUCCCACGAUAAAAAAAUAUUUUUAAAUGACGUAAUUAAAGAGGGUAACAAAACAAAAAACCCCUUGGGUAACUGGCUGCACGAACGUGGCUUCAGGGUGUCAGACGAUGAGCGUACUCAAAACGGGGAGCUGGACAGGACAAAGAAAGGUUCGGCAAUAUAUGCAUUACUACUAACGGUAAUUACCGGCGCCGAUAAAGGGCAUCUUACAACGUGCAAACCUAAUAAAAAAUCAAAUAAGUUCAAUUUGUUGGACAUCCUUCGAUGUCUUACCGGUCACCUUGGCACGUACUACAGCGUCUGUCACUAUCAGAUUCAUUCGAAACCCAAAGCACCGCGUAACAUCUAUCAAAUGCUUCACUGGGUAUGCGGUUUAUGGCAUCAUCCUAUGCGCGAUCCACUUAGGUAUUACGUCAUGGAAUUGUUCCCUAAACCGAAGGGGGAGGAACAUAAAACACACAAAGAAAUUGGAUCCGCGAAUUUGACAUUGGAUGUUCAGACAGAGGCAGACAUUACAGCACGGGCACUUGACGCGAAACUGCUACCCAUUUGCGGAAACUCACAUGAUAUCCUCGUUGCCAUCCUAGGUAACGGUAACGCCGAAGGCCGCUAUGCGUGCGAGUUUCGUAUCAACCCUGAUGGUCUGUCGUAUCCAGCAGAUCCCGCGCAAUGCUUAGACAUGUUGCUAGACAUACUCCGCCGAUUGUUCUUGCAGUUCAGAUAUUUAUCCAACCGUUGCAGUGUAGCUGCUGAACACCACGGUUGGAGUGAGUGUCACUACGGGAGAGAAAUUCCGACUACCAAAUCGCACUGCGUCAACAGAUUGACGGACGAAGUAACGUGCCAACCAAACACUCAACCAACGUGCCAGGCUGCGUGCCAAGUUAACACCAAACCAAAUUGCCAACCAACUUCUCCCCUAAUGUCCUUGCUAAACGAUUGCCUACCGGGCCACCUACCGCAUAUAUUGGAAUCCGUUGGCUGCAAAGCUCAAUGUAGGACGUGCUCUCCUAGUAACAGUGGUAAGCCAUGCCUUACGCCCUUCGGUUUCCGUGCCUUCACUGGAUCCACCAAAACGGGCAAGUUCCUAUGCUCCGUGCUCAAAACUUUCCUAAAUAAUGAUUAUGUCAAAUACUUGUGCUGUCUUCAGCCCAAGCCUCCCAAGACGUUACCAGAACAUUUCGGUUUUGCGUUGUCGCUGGUUAAGGGAUGGUCGAAUAUCUCUAAGUUGUCCCAGAAUAUGAAAAGUAAAUACAGUUUCCAGUCGUCAUUUGAAUCACGCGUACGUGAUGUCUCCCUUAAGUUAUAUCCCGAUUCCUAUGAACUAACCAAAACAUUGAUGAAAGCGUACGGUUCACAGGCUGUUUUGCAUGAAGAUUGCAAGCAUCCGCACCUUGUCAAUUUCACUACCUCGGAAAUAUGUCGUUACGAUGUUGCAGAUGUGACCUGCGCUCCCUAUCUACAAUCGCUAUGCGCAGAUUCAUAUGAAUACAUGUCCAUCAACAACUGCAGCCUGUACCUAUCGUGGGCCAUAUACCUCUCAUGGGAUUUCUGGCGAUUGCUGAACGAUUUGUACAAUGACUUCUGCAACAUAUUCUGUGCCGAUUGGGGUUGCCGCGGCUGCUUGAGAGGCGAUACGUGCAAGAAAGGAUGGCAUGGUCUUACUGACGAAAAAAGCGGGAACCCACGUUGCCAGUGUUCAUCAAUAGUAAGUUGUAAGGGCGUGUCACCGACGCUGUACCGAUAUGGAUUCAGUUUUGGUAAAGCUGACAAAUUGAAUAAUGAUGAAUAUAAAAAGAAGUGUUCCGAUUUCUGCGGUCAGUUAAAUAAGUUGCUAAAUUCCAAAUAUUUCAGCGACCUAUUCGAUAAAUGCGACGACUUCCUUUUCACCAUCCGCGCCCCCUUCAUCUGGCUCAACGUAGCCCUCUGGCUCCUCUCUCUGUUGUACCUCAUCCACAUCAUGGUCAUCCGCCUCGACCUGCUCCACAUCAAAUCUCACUUGCACUCACCAUCAUCGCAUCGCAUCGCUGCUCAAUCACUACUUGCUGCUGGACGUGUUAACAAGCUUAACAGAGUGUUUUACCUGCAGCCGUAA